CAUGAAAUGAAAAAUAUCGUCAUCAGUUUUGGAUGACAUCUGCAAAAAUAAAUAAAUAAAUGAAUAAAUCAAAUUUUAAAUUAUACUGUCCCAUAUUUGAAUUCUAGCAUUCUCCUAGAUUUCACGAUCGGUUUGCUCUAGUCUGUUUUCCCAGGGUAAGAUGUAUCUUUGUGUUUGUACCUCAAUAUGACAAAUGCAUUGCUGAUGUACACUGUUCAUUUGUGAUGGAGGAGGUGGUGAAGUGUCCUGUCUACGACCUGAAGAUGAGGCGUCUGUCCCGAAAGAAAGCCCUGAGCCUGGUGAAGGAGCUGGAUGCCUUCCCCAAAGUGUCGGACAGCUAUGUGGAGACCUCGGCAUCAGGAGGAACAGUGUCACUGAUAGCUUUCGGUGCCAUGGCACUUCUGGCUAUCCUAGAGUUCUUUGUUUAUCAGGACACGUGGAUGAAAUAUGAAUAUGCCGUUGACAAGGAUUUUUCCAGUAAAUUGAGAAUAAACAUUGACAUCACAGUUGCCAUGAAAUGCCAGCAUGUCGGAGCAGAUAUUCUGGACCUGGCUGAGACCAUGAUCACAUCCAGCGGCCUCCAGUACGAGCCUGUUAUUUUUGAACUGACUCCACAACAGAGACUGUGGCAAAGGACGUUGCUUCUCAUACAGGGCAGGCUCAGGGAGGAACAUGCGCUUCAGGAAGUCCUUUACAAAACUCUCCUUAAAGGAGCUCCCACUGCCCUGCCUCCACGCGAGGACACCUCUACGGAGCCACUCAAUGCUUGCAGGAUACAUGGGCACGUCUAUGUCAACAAGGUGGCAGGAAACCUGCACAUCACGGUGGGAAAGCCGAUUCACCAUCCUCAGGGCCAUGCCCAUAUUGCGGCCUUUGUGAGCCACGAGACGUACAACUUCUCCCAUCGAAUAGACCAUUUAUCUUUCGGGGAGGAGAUACCCGGCAUCAUCAAUCCUCUGGACGGCACAGAGAAAAUCACCUAUAACAACAACCAGAUGUUCCAGUACUUCGUCACCGUGGUGCCCACCAGACUGAACACACGCAAGAUAUCCGCAGACACGCACCAGUUUUCUGUGACUGAGCGAGAGCGGGUGAUAAACCACGCAGCGGGCAGUCACGGUGUUUCCGGCAUCUUUGUGAAGUACGACACCAGCUCCCUGAUGGUGACGGUCAGUGAGCAGCAUAUGCCACUGUGGCAGUUCCUGGUGCGACUGUGUGGCAUUAUCGGGGGUAUAUUCUCCACCACAGGCAUGCUCCAUGGGCUUGUCGGCUUCUGCUUUGAUGUUAUCUGCUGUCGCUUCAAAGUGGGAGUCUAUAGGCCCAGAGAGGAUGUGCAGCUACACAACCAGAUGAACAAUCUGAACAAUCACCAGAUCCCUCUGUUGGCUGACAAUGUUCCUCGGGAGUAGCCGUUUUUUCUCUGACCAGGGUCUCGGCCGUCAUCUAACUGCUGAUUCUGCUUCCUGCGUAGUUUACUGAGGAGGAGGUGACCUGACAAACUGUAUGAAGCAAUGAACUUUCUCAUCCCAGAAGUACAAAUGACUCGACUUAGACCAACAGAGGCUCUCUCGUUAUUUAUUGUUGUUCAGUUUGUGAGGAAUUGUGUUUGUUAUUUGCCAACGUUACCAUGUCAUGAAAUUGCGUUUUUUUUUUCUUCCCCCCAUUGAAUAAGCUAAAGCUGUCUGUGCUGGUAACUUGAAUAAUUGUAAAAUUCACAUCAUUAUUGCACUUUAGGAAAAUGUGUUCCCUGUGACUGCAGUAAUACAUGUUUUUUUUUUUUUUUUUUUAAUACAUGUAUUUCCAUUUUGUGGUGGCACUUGUUUAGAAAUGUUGUAGGCUUUCUGUUCUGUUCUGAU